AUGGAACAUGGUCAAACAGAACAACUCAGCAUAGAUAUGUUUCAUCGAUGUCCACACAUAAAGCUCCAGCCUCUAAAACUUCAUCGAUUUAUUAUUGAUUAUAAUAUAUCGCUUUAUGGAAUUUUAAUGGAACUAACUUAUGGAAUUACAAUCCAUUGUUUACUUUGUGAUGGUAAACUUACAGCUGCCCGGUCUGAUAAACCACUGACUAAGAGACGAUUAGCGCCGCUGUUCGGGACUCCUUCUAUUAUAAGUGACGGUUGUGGGGAUGGGAAAAGAUCUGUUUGUGGUGCUAAAAUUACAGAUGCUAGUUGGACAAUACUGUCUAAGAAUGAAGUGCAACCUUUUAAGGCAAUUGGGGCAUAUCUCAAAAUGACGGUUACUACUCCUGAAGAUGAACUUGUGCAUCUUGAUAAGCCGCAAAAUACAUUCUUUUGGCCUUAUCCUUCUGGAGGAACACCUAUGAACGUAUGGGCUGAUGUUUGGGCUUCAAUACUUUGGAAUUGUGAAGAUGGUAAAUGUGCUUCUGAAUUUGUACAUUUACGAACUUGGGCUCCUCCACAACAAUAA